AAAGACCCCUGUCAGGUGAGCUGGGGGCCCCAGGGGUGUGAGCCUGCCUGUUCUGUAAACUGUUUCGGGACGUAGCCGCGGUAAAACAACUAGCUAACCCAUCGCUUGCAGGCUUACGCAUUUCGUAUUCGGACGACAGGUUCAGUGCACACGAUUUCCCGUUUUGCAAGAAUCCAAGGCCCAGGGCGGCCCAGUAAUUAACUGGGACUUAGACUGGGACCUGCUCUACUACUUAAUGGUUUUUGUGAGUUUAGGCAACUCAUGACUCCUUGGUCUUCCCCAUAUCUGUAAAAAUGAGGUAGUGGGGGAUGGGGGAAAUAGGGUGACAACACAGUCCCUUGGGGUCCGAGGAGGGUUGGCCCCAGGACCCUGAGCCCCUGAAUGCAUGGACCCUUAAUGCGAAAGGUGUAGUGUAUGCAUAUAGCCUUGCUGUUUAUUUUAAAUCAUCUCCAGGUGAUUUCAAUUCCUGGUAUGACAUAAAUGCUCUGUAAAUGAGUCGCAGAUUGCAUUGUUUUCCCUGUUUAAUACAGUUGGUGAGUUGAGUCCACCCAGGCCUGCUGUAUUUACUUCCUUCAGGUUGUUGCAUUGAUUAAAGAUAUACAUGGAAAGCGCUCAGGAUUCUUGGUACCAGACCCACUUGGUCAGCACUCCACGCCUCUGCCACAGGAAAACUAAGAAGGAAGGAAUGGCCGUGAACCUGCUGCCCGCUCAGGGGUCUGUGGCCUUCGGGGACGUGGCCGUGUUCUUCAGCCAGGAUGAGUGGUUGCACCUGGACUCUGCCCAGCGACGUUUGUACCGGGAGGUGAUGCUGGAGAACUACAGCAACCUGCUGUCCGUUGGGAUUCUGUUUUCAACGCCAAAGGUCAUCUACCACUUGCAACGAGGAGAAGAUCCAAGUGUGGAGGAAAAGGAGGUCCCUCCAGACGCCUGUCUGGAUUUCAAGACUUGUCCUAAAACAGAAGCAUUGCAUCCCAAAAAGAGUACUUUUGUAAAAGAACCCUCUCAGGGAGUGUUAAAGAAAAAGCCCAUUGAUUAUGACCACUGGGACGCCAACUUUGGAGAAGCUGUUAAAAUUGAGAGUGAGAGAGAACAGGGGCAACAGAAGAAGUCACUGGGACAAAUGGAGGCCUCACCAGAGAAAAGCCCUCAAGGGGAUGAAGGUCAUGCAAGUCUUUCAUUGGGGGAAGACUUACUUGUCAACACAGUUCUGGAUUCACAACAGCAUCCUGCUACAGAAAGGGCACCGCAAAUGCAUUACACCUUAGGGAAAGAUUUUAAACAGAAUGUCGAUCUCAUGAGAUGCUUCCCGGUUUACCCAGGAUCAAAACCUUAUAUGUGUAAUGAGUGUGGAAAGAGUUUCACCCAGAAUCUUCAUCUGAUUGAGCACCAGCGCAUCCAUACCGGUGAGAAGCCCUACAAGUGCACUGAGUGUGAGAAAGCUUUCAGCCACAGGUCCUCCCUGCUUGCCCAUCAGAGGGUUCAUACUGGGGAGAAGCCCUAUAAGUGCGGCGAGUGCCAAAAAGCCUUUGGUAGCAGCUCAACCCUUAUCAAACACCUGAGAGUACACACUGGGGAGAAACCCUAUCGGUGUAGAGAGUGUGGCAAAGCCUUCAGCCAGUGUUCAACCCUCACUGUGCACCAGAGAAUCCAUACCGGAGAGAAACUCUAUAAAUGUGGUGAGUGUGAGAAGGCCUUCAAUUGUAGAGCAAAACUACAUCGACACCAGAGAAUCCAUACAGGUGAGAAACCCUACAAGUGCAGUGAGUGUGGGAAAGGUUACAGUCAGUUUACUUCCCUAGCCGAGCACCAGAGACUGCAUAGCGGGGAGCAGCUGUGUAAAUGCUUGGAAUGUGGGAGAACCUUCACACGGAUCUCAACCCUCAUCGAACAUCAGCGGAUCCAUACCGGACAGAAACCCUACCAGUGUAAUGAAUGUGGAAAAGCCUUCAACCAGUACUCCUCCUUUAAUGAACACCGGAAAAUUCAUACUGGGGAAAAACUUUAUACGUGUCAAGAAUGUGGGAAAGCCUUUGGCUGCAAAUCCAACCUUUAUAGGCACCAGAGAAUCCACACUGGGGAGAAGCCCUAUCAGUGCAAUCAAUGUGGGAAGGCCUUCAGCCAGUAUUCUUUCCUUACUGAACAUGAGAGAAUCCACACUGGAGAGAAGCUCUACAAGUGUAUGGAGUGUGGGAAGGCCUACAGUUACAGGUCGAACCUUUGCAGACACAAGAAAGUGCACACUAAGGAGAAGCUCUAUAAGUGGAAGGAGUACGGGGAGCCCUUCCUCUACGCUAGCUCCUCCCUUACUCAGAGAUUUCUCAAAGAAGAAAGUUCCUCAGAGGCCUAGCUCAUCUCUGAGCCUUGGAGAUUUCCUCACCGGAGGAUGGCUAGGAGAAUCCUGAGCAGGGCGCAUAGCCUUAGUAGGUCAAGUCCUUUGUAUUUGUCCUGCAGGAAAUAUCCCAGUUCCCACUAUGUAAUGGUAAAAUUGAUCAAUGAAAACGAAAAGCACUUGCCAGGUUUUCUGAAAACCAUUACAUUUUAAAGCUUCUAGAAACAAUUUUAGAUGCAUAGGGAAAGUAAAAGGCCUCACUUGAAAACCAUGAAAACUGAUUCAAAAUAGUCCCUUUCUUUUCCUUUUUACUGCAUGAUAACCCCUUUCUGAGAGUAAGCUUCAGUAAGUGAAUUUUUUUUUUUUUCUAAAGUCAGUCAUGGAGCUGAUAAUGUGAGUGAGAAACCCUGUUUUCUAAAAUGACAAGCUAACAAAAGCCACUCUCCUUUUCAUAGAAGCUAAGAACGAGAAAGAAUUCCUUAACUCCUACAAAUAUUGAUGAGCUGCCCCAUCCACAAGUUCCAUGUGUGUAUAUAGUCGUGCAUCACUUACCAGGGGCUCGUGGCCUGAGAAAUGAAGCGUUAAGCAAUUUCAUCACUGUGUGAAUGUCACAGAGCUCCUCAGUCACUCAAGGGGGACUCUGGCUACAGUCAGGGACACUGGCCAUGAACUGAAUGAGGUGGCAGCCGGCAUAAAUGGCAUAUGCACUGCUAAACAACCGCUGUCUGUCUAUAGGUAGGAGUACACUCCAAAGUAACUGUGGAUCGUAAAGCUGUAAACUAGUAAGAGUUAUUUGUUGUCAUUAGCAAUUUUGUUCUGUACUACAAAUAUGUGUGCUCUGCUCUCAAGCGGUUGGCAGCAGCACCAUUCACUCCAGCAUUGUCACAGACGUGUAAUGAGGCGUGCUGAGGCAUUGUGACGGCCGUGACAUCAUCAGGUACUUGGAACAUUUUAGCUCCAGUAUAAUUUUCUGGAAUUACUGCCCCGUAUACAUAACCCAUCAAAAAUUGAAG